GUUUGAAAAAAUUAUCCGUAAUCGGCUCUUCGCUGCACAGCUGCAAUGUUUCUGUUAAGAGGAAAACCAUUAGGUAUUUGUUUUUGAGUGCACACAAACGUUCACUUGAGACAUUAACUGAGGAUAUCGACGAAGAGCUUUCUUAAUUGUGUCGUAUUAAAUUGUCAGCAAGUUUUUCUGGAUCUCUUUGGGUUCACUACAAUACAUUUGAAGAGGAAACAAUUCCACUUUUUCCAGUGCUUUCUUCACAGUUCUAAUGGUGAUCUUUUAAAAACAGAUUUAUUAAAAAUGGAAUAAAAAAAAUAAAACGCCCAGUCCCUGUAAAUGACCAACUCGAUGUUCACAUGACUGUAUGGAUUCGAGUGUCAACGUGGGAAUUUUUAAAUGAUUAAAUGUGCUAAGAUGAUACCUAAUGUUUAUACCUGCUUGCUUGUCUCUGUGUUUUUUCGAGUGGGGCUAUCGAGGAGGGAGGUCGAGAUGGGAACAUUUCUUCCAGAAGAUAUUUACGUGAACAAAGAUGCUGGCGAGACUGGGCGAUAUUAUGUUACUUUGGAGUCAGGUGACAAAUACCUUUGUCGUUAUGGCAACGCCAGUGCCAGCUUCUUAGAUUCUCCUGCUUUUUCUGAGGAAUGUUACUACAAAAACAAAGAUGUAUUAACAUAUAUCGAGAAGAACACCGGACUUUUUCCUUACUACCAUUCAGUGAACUUAAGACCGCCAGGAUGUGGUUCCUUACCAAAUGUGACGUCUGCUGGAGAUAAGUGGGCGUGUCCGAGGGGCGUGUCUCCAUUAUCAGUUCCAGUGUAUGCGUCCUGUCAUCUGCAAUGUAUCAGUGGUGCCAGCAUUAAAGUUAGAUGCACCGAGAAACUGGAGUUCGACAGCUUGGCUUCCCAUAAAUGUCCUAUAGAAUCAACCUCUCAAACUGAGAAAGUGAUUGAAACAUCAAGGAUUUAUUUCUCCCUUGCAAGCAUAUUGCCUUCAACAGGAGAAACUCGCACUGAAGAAAAGACUGAAACAUCGAGAAAUUUUCUCUUUGAUGCAAGUACUGUAUCAUCAGCAGUAGAAACACAUAUUGAAAAAGUGACUGAUACAUCAAGCACUAUGCAUUCAGCAGUAGAAAAUUCGUCUGGUGAAUCAUCGGAAAUAUCAUCCAGUUCUCUCGCCGCAAUCGUAGUACCUUUAGCAAUCGUGUUUUUAAUGAUCAUUUUGCUAAUUAGCUUCUUGCUUCGAAGAAACUUAUUCACAAGAAGAAUUUUUCAAAAAGGAUUGUUUAAAAAUGCAGUAACUGACGUCGACCAGGGUUCGAACUUUGCCGAUAGGAAUUCUGCUGACGGUAGCAGUUCUAGUACUGAGGGAACUGUUUGUCUUAUCAAAAAGAACACUAUACCUGUGUUAUACGGAAAUGAAGACAAUGCUCGGGUUGAAAUAAACAAUUUAGCUCAAGUGGAUCUGGAUUCAGAUAACUCAGAGACUGAAAAUGAUCGUUCUGGCAAUGCAUUCUUCCAAAGAACCAAGUUUUCAAGUUAUCAACACGACUCUUUUGAAGAGGCAAGGCAUGAAUAUUUAAGUGCCAGCAGAGAAACAUGUGGAUCAGACUCUGUAAAUAAUCAGCAGGAGGAAAGAGAGGAAAGUAGACAUGUAUCUCCCCUCUCUUCUUCAACAUCAGAUAAAAACAUUUUUUCCUCUAUGUAUCCCUUGGAUGUAUCUUCACUGAAACGUGAAGACGCCGGGGAAAUUUGGGAGGAUGUGGUUUUUAUAGAGUGGCAUCCACCAAAAGAUAAUUAUGCAGAACCAGUCUGUCUUCCGGUUGCAUCUCCUGAAAAGAGUUGUCCUGUCUCAUGUCCAACAAUAUCUGCGAUGUUGGAGGGUGCUAUGGACAACAGCAUCCACUUCGUAGAUGACCUGUCUACCUUGCUAGACCUAGACGUACAAUAUAAAAACCCCCAUAACUGGCAGGGAAUGGCCCAGGCGUUCCUCGGUCUAUCUUAUAAUAAGAUCAUGGAAAGCAGACACAAAACAAAAGACCAUUUUAAGGAAGGCAUCUUGCCCUUACUGAGUUCGUAUGGAUAUACAGUUUAUGACGUGAAAAAUUACUUCUUUCUUCUGCCGUCACGUCGAGUUGACGUUAUCGAAUGUAUUCAGCGUUAUCAUCCAAAUUGUCAAAAAUGUGGAGAAAUCUCAAUAGUCUUAAAUCUAAUAAUUUAAUGGACGCAUCAUAAUUUGAGUAUUUUUGAAGGUAAAAAGUCAUAAAUUCCAAUUUAAUACUACCAGUAAUUUAAAAUACAGCAGUUUGUUAAAAAUUGAA